AUGAGUCGUACGCGUCGUGAUGUUCGAAAUGGAAAGCUGUUUAUGACUGCAGUGAUAAACUAUGUAAGCUGUCCGAGUUGUCGCUCAGCUGCACACUUAAAGAAAUUGAUUGGCCUAGCAUUCGCGGCAAGCUUCGAUUAUUUUGGUUAUCGUAGCGUAAAUUUUAAUGUAGAAAGCAUAAGUGAUACUGGUUUUAGUGGUUUAUCUACUGAUGCUACAACAACAACAACAACUACUACUACUACUACAACUACUACUACAACUACAACGACAGUUGCAGUUGGUCGCUAA